GCUAGUCUUACCUAUAGGGCAUAGGAGGUCGACUACCUAGGCUUCUUAAACUUCCAACCCUUCCUUUGGGGCCCGUCCGAUCAUCUUGAGAAAUGCUGCCUGCCCUCGUGCAGCAGGCCCGUAUCCAUGGGCUUGCUACUCGUCUGCCACGCAUCGCCGCGGCUGUUCGAGGGUUUGCCAGCCAGCCAACUGAGAUGACUGUACGUGACGCGUUGAACUCGGCGCUCGACGAAGAGCUGGCUCGCGACGAUAAGGUCUAUAUCCUGGGCGAGGAGGUCGGAGAGUAUCAGGGUGCCUACAAGAUCACCAGGGGUCUUCUCCAAAAGUACGGCGCGGACAGGGUAAAGGACACGCCAAUCACUGAGGCGGGAUUCACGGGCAUCGCCGUUGGCUCGGCGUUUGCCGGGCUCCGACCAGUUUGCGAGUUCAUGACAUGGAACUUCGCGCUGCAAGCCAUCGACCAGAUCAUCAACUCCGCUGCCAAAACGCUGUACAUGUCAGCCGGUCAAAUCAACUGCCCCAUCGUGUUCCGCGGCCCCAACGGCGCCGCUGCGGGUGUAGCGGCUCAGCACUCGCAGUGCUUUGCCUCCUGGUACAGCUCCGUACCCGGCCUCAAGGUGCUGGCCCCCUACGACUCGGAGGACGCUCGCGGGCUGCUCAAGGCCGCCAUCCGCGACCCCGACCCGGUGGUGUUCCUGGAGAACGAGAUCCUGUACGGACAGAGCUUCCCUGUGACCCCGGAGGUGCUGGACAAGGACUUCACCAUCCCCAUCGGCCGCGCCAAGGUGAUGCGCGCCGGCAGCCACGUGACGCUGGUGUCCUUCUCCAAGAUGGUGGGCUACUGCCUGCGCGCGGCGGAGCAGCUGGCGGAGCAGGGAGUGGAGUGCGAGGUGAUCAACCUGCGCUCCAUCAAGCCGCUGGACCGCGACACGCUGCUGGCCUCGCUGCGCAAGACGCACCGCAUGGUGGUGGUGGAGGAGGGGUGGCCGCAGUGCGGGGUGGGCAGCGAGGUGGCGGCGGUGAUGAUGGAGAUCGGGUUCGACGAGCUGGAUGCACCGGUGCUGCGGGUGACGGGUGCCGAGGUGCCCAUGCCCUACGCGGCCAACCUGGAGGCGGCGGCGCUGCCCCAGAUCUCCGACAUCGUCAAGGCGGUCAAGAGCAUUGUGUAAUAAAGGGGUGCUGGUGGUGGUGCGGAAGGAAGAAGCAUAUGAGCAUGGUGAUGAGGGAGGAAUGGGGAGUAGGGAAGGGGGGAAAUGGCGGGGCUGUUGGCCGUCUGUGUAUAAGAGGUAUACGAGGUACUUCUAGGUGUUGUUGCUGCAGCUGCUGUGGCACGGUGGCGUCGGAGCGGUAUCUCGGAGGGUGGUGCGGACGGGGGAGGAGUGUGAUCCGUUGCUGCUCUCUUCUUUGCGGUUUGAGCGAGUGUUCACUCGGCAAUGCCGCGGCGGACUCCUGCUAAUGAUUCGGCGGCCGUGGCUGAUGCUGCUUCUGCUAGCAGGGAAUGUUGGGCUCGCGCAAUUCGUCGUCGUCGGGGAGAGAGGCAUCCUGUGGGGCGGGGGGUUCCUAUGGAGGGUAGUACGAGGGGAUGUGUCAUUGUUUUCUGCCUCGAAGCGUUUUGUGUCUGUUUCUUGUUAUUGCUUUGGCACAGCUGUUUGGCGACCUGGCCGCUGCGGGGUUUGCUGUGCAUGUGCGGCUAUGCAGCUGCUGGGAGGUGACAGGUUAGCCUCCUCGAGUUUGGCUGUGGUUGGGCUGCAUGUCCAGAAGAGGUACGGUAGUAGCGACCCACUUUUGCAGAUUGCAGUUUGGGUUUCUCGUAUGAAGAAGAUGGCGAAGAAGAGGAAGAGGAACAGUUGCUUUUGGCUGGCUCGUAAACCGUAUGUGGGCGCUGUGUGUACGUUCGUUGGCGUGUACGUUACCUUACUUUGAUUGUGUGUAAAAUAGGUAUUCCUGUGAUGGCGGUGGCGGUGGGUUCAUGGGUAUAGUCCUGGUGGCAUGCAGCUCGCGGCUCGGGCACGUGUGUCCAGGAAACUCGCCGCGGGUAGGAACGUACGGGCACGUGCGUGAAUAGUGUUUGCAAGGAACACUGGCGGUGUGGCGGGUGUGGGUGUUGUGCUCAGUUGUUGUGGCGGGACGUGGAAGAGGGGUUGGCGGGAGGGGAUGUAGGCGCUGCUUCUAAGGCUGCGGAGCUGUUUGGCCGAGCUCCUCUGCCCGCGUGUCCCACCAAAUGGCGGAUGAGCCUGUGAUGGUGUGGAUCAUCGCUGGCGUUUUGCCCGCGGCGCAGGUGGUUGUUUUCAAGGCGGCAGGACGUGACAAUGAUGUUGCACGACAUAGGAUUGGUUGUUGGGCUGGCGCUUGGAAGCAACGGCACGUGUACACC